AUGCGCGGUCUAGGUAUUAUAUGUCUAUGCUUGAAAUAUAAACAAUACCACCACCACCACCUGUAUGAUUUUAUCUACCAAUUUGCUGACGGUUGAAAAUAUAGUAUAUCGGUUUCGCAUGCUGGUCCUACAAAUAAUUUAGAUGGAAAAAAAGGAGAGAAUCGUUAAAAUCGUUCAGGAAUUAUGCAUGCGGUGGAUGAGAAAUACUAGGCACCCAACUGCCCGAAAAAUACGUAGAGAAGACAAUAGGCCAAAGCACAGAUUUUCCAAAUUCUACGGCGCCAUUAGAGGGGCCUGAAUGCUUGGGGGAAGAGAGUGAAACUGUCAGAGGCUGUGAACGGAAUGGCAGGAGGAGUUCGGGUGAUGUUGAAACGGUUUCGGGGUCUUUAGAAUGCGCUGCCGAGUCUUUUAUUAUUGACGACGAAGGUUCCCCUAUACUGACGAUGGAAGUUGACGCAUCUUGUGAUUUUGAUAACGUGAACAAAAGCCAAGCAAUAGAUGGAUUUUCUCUGCAGGAGAUUCAGAACGAUAGGAAGCACAAUGAGGGUCAAAUUGAGGGCUUGACUGAGAACCAGCAUUCUUUAACUACUGCUCAGCUUGAUUCACACUCAUCCAUGCUGGAUAAUCAUCCAUGCUUGGACUCACUUGCGUCCAAGAUUGAACCUAACCCCGAGGGAAUUCAGCUUAAUGAUGGAACUGCUGACCUUUUAACUGAGGAACAAUCAUUACCCACAGAUGAACUGUAUCAAAAUAACGUCCAAAGUCAUGGAGACCGUGAGGACGUCAAUAUAAAGAAGUCGACUGAGGAUGAAAAUUGCUCGAAUUCCUCCAGAUCUGCAUCAAAGAUUUCGAUUUUUCAUGAUGAAGAUUCAAUAAAACUGAGCAUGGGAAUUGAAUCUGUCCACGAUGAAGAUGCUAAUCGAUGUGACGAGAUUAUUUUGGAGAAACCAAUGCAGUUGAGAGACGAGUUAGAGCAGAAACAGAUUGUAAUCGCCGGGGAUGAAGAGAACAGCUUGCAUGUUGACAGCAUGAAUACGAAUGAAACUGAUUCACAUUCUCCUGUAUCUGCCCUGCUUACCAAAGAGGAUUCACUUGAGCCAAAGACUGACACUAAGUUAAUGGAGGUUUCGCUAACUAAUGAAGCUACUGAGCCGAUUCUUGAGAAUAAACCUUCACCAAGAGACGAGUUAGAACAAGAGAAGGACAACACAGACAACCAGAGAGGGGAUAAAAUUGUCUCGAUCAGUUCUGAACUUCCUGUUGUUGUUACAAAGCGUUCACUCAAACCAGGAACUGAAGAAUUCUGUGGAUUAGUCCACGAGAAACAAAGUCUAUCGAGGGAUGAACCCGAAAAUGAAGAGCUGAACCUGGAAGAGACUCCCAAUGCCUUAGGCAAUUCGAUCCCGAAUCCAGCGGAUUAUGGCGUUAUGACGACAAAUGAUUUGAUUUCUAGCGAUAACAAUACGAGACUCGAGGAUCAGACACAUUCCAUUCCUCUUACAGAUAAAAUGCCAUUAAAAAAUAUUCUUGGAAUGAAGGAUAUUGUCACCGAUUCAAAACAACUUGUUGACACCCAGAAAAUGCUCAGCAAGAAGAUAAAAAUUCUAGAAUUAUUGAAGUCAAAGAGAAAAAAAAAGAAAAUUAUGGAGAUUUCCGAGGAUUCUGAGAGCACUGCGUCAGUUUCUGAAGAAAAAACAAGAGAAAAGAAUGGAUGGCAACAGGAAAAGGUUAAUAAUGACUUCAACUACAGUGAGAACAGCUCAACAAGUCUGAACGACUCAUCAUCUCCCAUCUUCAAUGACAAGGAGAACGUCGAAAAUCAUUCCAGCAACUUGAUUAAUGUAGACCGAGUGAAUGCAAGUUCAAAAAAUGUGAGUGAUGAUAAGAAUGUCUCAGGUAUUUCUGGAGCAAAACUCACGACCUUGAUUACUGAUAAUCGACAUCCAGCUGAACGAAGUCUGGAGAAUGAAACCAUCGGUGCAACUUCUGUUCUCCAAUCUUCAACUGAUAGCCUGAAAAAUACUGUGAAAGAAAAAGCGAAAGAGAAGAUGGAAAUUCAGGUGACCACUGGAGUUAACCGAUCAAUGCUGAAAGGACAAAACACUAGACCAAAUACUAAUGAUCUACAGGCCAAACGUUUUGCUCAGUCUAAUUCUAAGGGACCUAUACCAUCGGAACAUCUCUCUACAGAGGAAAGCAUGCAGGAGAGGACAGCUCGAAUACAUCGACUGAGGGAACUAUGGAAAUUGAAGAAAAGACGAGAAUUACAGGAGGUGUUCUCUUGGAGAAAAUCAGUAGCUGCUGAAAUAAAAAAAGAGAACAGGGCCUAUUGGAUGCAGAAAAAGUUUCCUAAAUUAAAGAGUCAGUUUAUACUGGAUUUGGAGCAGCGUUUAACAGCAAUUACUAAAAGACGCCAGAAAGCUCUUGCUUUAAAAGCUAAGCAAGAAGCUCUUGCUUUGAAGGCUGAGCUACAGCACCUUGCCGAACGCAAAAAGCUAAAAAACCUAAAACAACUCUGCUUACAAUUCAUUAGAGAAUCGACUGAAACAUCCGCUGUACCACCACAGUCUCCACUCAGAAACCAAUCACAAGAUUCGGAUUCAGUGGUGGCAGACGAAGAACUUUCCGGUUCAUCAAAUUCUGGAUGCCAAGAAGUCAAAAUCAUAUUAGAGGAGGAAGAGAAGGAAAUGAGCACAAAUAAGCCCAAAACCUCUCCAUCCACAUCUAGAGUAGAAAUACAUAAUUCAGCACAAAUAGAACCUCAAGAACAACUAUGCACUUCAUCAGACUCUGCCGAAAAAAAUGAGUGCGAGGAUAAUGAUAUCAAAAUUAUUGAUGUAGUUGAGAAUAAGAGAGUAGAGGAACCAGAGUUUAGGGCGCCGGUAAAUUCAUCCACACCAAUGAAACAUUCACAACCGCCAGCAGCAAUCCCGCAAUCACCAUUGACUCCAGAUAAUAAAUCGAUACUCAUACACGUUGAAGAGGAAUCCCACAAAAAGUAUUACCCAAAAGACAGAUGCAGGUCAUUCCCGUCGUUCACCCAUUUCUCACUAAGGAAAUGGAGCACUUGUUCCUAUGAAGAGAAGAGACUGGAGUUUAUAGAGGAGGCGAAAAGGACGAAUGAUUUAUUUCCCAACUGCCAAGAGCCUUCUAAAACCACUUCAGAACAUCUAUCGACUCCACAAACUUCAAGACAUCAGUCAACAGUGGAACAAGUAAGCCGAAAUAAUGCUCGGAAUACUGAAGACUCUUCUUCAGCAGAUAAGUACUGUUCGGAGAAGGCAAGCAUAAUUUGCAGAAUAUCCAGUGGAUCUAUUCCAGGGUAUUCAUCCGCUUCACGACCCAAAGAGCCUAACUGCAGGAAACGAGGACGUUCGCAGUUACCAAACGAUGUGGUAAUAAAUCCCUACUGCUCCGAGCGGCAAAUUAAAAAACCAAGGCUGAUUGUCGAAAUGUCCAGAAUUUCGGGUGAGGAUUUCGAUGAACUAGAGACAUCAUCUACAGCCGUUGCAAGGACGCAUAAACAGAUAAUGGAUAAGAGAGGUUGUCGAAUCGAAACUACAAUAACUCCUGGAAACAACUCAACCAGUUCAUCUAGGAAUAGGCACAUCAAGGAGGAAGUCGAAAAAUGUGGCGAAAAAUCAUCCACUAAAGAGACUCUGUUGAAAAAAUUGAGGAAAUCACGUUCAAAUCCAGAGGAAGAUACUGCGUUUGAAGUUAUCGAUUUGAUGGACGAUUAAAUUGACUGACUCAGGAGAUAGGCGAUACUUAGGUUUGAUCGGGAGAGUGAAAUAUCCUAGUUGUAUACAACAUAUAAAUAGGGGAGAAUGGGGUAAAAUGGACACUUGACUUUUUUUGAAUAUUCGUAACUCAGAAACAGAUAUAUCAAUUGGGCUCAGUCUAAGCUCAUCAUAAAGAGGAGUCAUUGUUUGUUCCAUUGAGAAAUAAAAUUAUUUCAUUUCAUGAACAAUUCAACACCUCAUGAACAUUUCGAAAAAGGCAAAAGUGUCCAUUUUACCCCACACUCCCCUACAUGGAAAAUAAGCAAUGUUGAUUUUUGAAAUUUAACUGUUACCAUAUGAUAAAAACUUUAUUCUAGAUUUAAUAAAAUAACUGAGGUAACCAAAUUUUUGUUCGCUCUGCAUAAAA